UGUGAAUCAUAUGAGGCCUGGCAUUCUGGGUGUCCCCUUACAUGCCAUAUAAGUACCCCUUCCUCCCCCUCCCCACAAUGCCAUAGUGCUGUCGCUCUCGGCAGAGGGGCAGCUAUUCUUAGGCUGUCUGUCCAGCUCAUCUGAACAGAGGCUGUUUGGCACGUGCCCCGCCCCCCUCCAAAUCCAUUCUCCCGAUCCGUUUGGAGAAAUUCUGUUGCUUAAACAACACACAGGCUUUGUUGAACAAUGAGUUCGUACAACGUUUCACUCGCUGGACCUUCGCCUUGGGGCUUCCGGUUGCAAGGAGGCAAGGACUUCAACAUGCCCCUCACCGUUUCCAGGAUUACACCAGGGAGUAAGGCAGCCUCCAGCAACCUGAACCAGGGUGACAUCAUCGUGGCCAUUGAUGGGGUCAGCACAGAGGGGAUGACACACCUGGAGGCCCAAAACAAGAUCAAGUCUGCCAACUUCAAUCUGGCCCUCACCAUGCAAAGGUCAAAGCGGCCCAUUCCAGUUACCAUGACAACACCAAGGAUUAACUCCCCUAUGCCUGUGAUCCCUCAUCAGAAGGUUAUUACCAACACUUCUGCCAACACUGAGUACCUGCCCAGCUUCAACCCAAUAGCUCUGAAGGACACUGCACUCUCCACCAACAAGCCCAUUGAGGUGAAGGGGCCUGGAGGCAAGGCCACCAUCAUCCAUGCACAGUACAACACCCCCAUCAGCAUGUACUCCCAGGAUGCUAUUAUGGAUGCCAUUGCUGGCCAGUCCCAGGCCAGGGGUAGCGAGAUGUCUGGUAAUCUGCCAGUUAAAGAGCGUGUUAUAGACAGUGCUUCCCCAGUGUAUCAGGCCGUCAUCCCCAGUGAAACCAAUGAACUGGGGCCAGCUGAUUGGGCCAAAAGAGCCGCCCAGCUGCAGUCCAAGUCCUUCCGUGUCCUUGCCCACAUUACUGGAACUGAAUACAUGCAAGACCCUGAUGAGGAAGCUCUGAGAAGGUCAAGGGAAAUGUUUGAAUCUGAAGCCAAAGGCCCUCGUUUUGCUAAACUGAAAAACUGGCACCAUGGCCUGUCGGCACAGAUACUUAAUGUGCCUCAGUUUGUUAAGUUUCUGAUAUCACUGCCACCUAACCUUGUAUCUAGUACUCCUGCUGAGCAUGCUCCGGUUUCCACCAGUAUUGCACCUGUGUGUCCGCCUACUAUUGCUGCUUCACCCAAUGAGCUCCUUUCGGAGCCGCAGAUAGCCAAUCAGGCGCCCGAGCCUGAUGCGGGGCAGAAUCCUGAGCAAACCUUGGUAACCAGCUUCAACUUGCAGUCCUCUAUGGGUUACAGUUCCCAGUAUAAAACCUCCGUCUCCAGUUCUUACUCCCAGCACCCACCUAUGCAGCAGCCACCACCACCCAUGCAGCACAGCUCCAUCCAGAUCCCCGUAGGUGCACCUCCACCUAAAGUGGUCAGCACUGCCACCAUUGUGCCUGCAGCCUACUCAGCUGCCCCAGCACCAGCUCCUCCGAUGGUUCACAAGCCUGCUCCACCUCCACCUGCUCCUGCCGCAGCUCCAGCAUCUUCUUCCAACAGGCCUCCUUGGGUUACUGAUGAGAACUUUGCCCAUAAAUUUGACCCUAGCAAACCCACAACCACCACAAACAUCAGAGUGCAGCCUCUUCCCCAGGCGGCCCCACCCCCACCAACCUACAUCCCCAACCCCGUCCCUGCUCCUGCUCCCGCUCCUGCUGCACCCAGCCCUGCAUUCAACCCCGCCCCCUUCCCACCUGUGGCUCGUGGAGUUGCUCAGAGGGCAGAGCGGUUUGCAGCCAGCAACAGAACGCCUCUGUGUGGUGCCUGCAACAGCAUCAUCAGGGGACCAUUCCUGGUGGCACUGGGUCGGUCCUGGCAUCCAGAGGAGUUCAACUGCCAUUAUUGCCACACGUCUCUGGCUGAUGUCAGCUUUGUGGAGGAGCAGAAUAAUGUUUACUGUGAAAACUGCUAUGGAGAGUUCUUUGCACCUACAUGUGCCCGCUGCAACACCAAGAUCAUGGGAGAAGUGAUGCAUGCACUGCGGCAGACCUGGCACACCACUUGCUUUGUGUGCGCAGCUUGUGGAAAGCCUUUUGGAAACAGCCUCUUCCAUAUGGAGGACGGUGAGCCGUAUUGUGAGAAAGAUUAUAUUGCACUCUUCAGCACAAAGUGCCAUGGCUGUGACUUCCCAGUUGAGGCAGGAGACAAAUUUAUUGAAGCUCUUGGCCACACAUGGCAUGAUACCUGCUUUGUUUGUGCGGUGUGCCAUGUGAACCUGGAAGGACAACCUUUCUACUCCAAGAAGGACAAGCCCUUAUGCAAGAAGCAUGCACAUGCCAUCAAUGUGUAGAUGCUUUAACGCUGCAUUAAAAAAGCUGUCAGUGAAGGAACUAAAUGCAAUUAAUACAUUUGCAUGUGUGGUUUAUGGCAAAGACAUCAGUGCCUAUCCGAAUUACAAAAACUAAGUCAUAGAGUAUAAUAAAUAGCAUAUUAGUCAGAGGAUGAAACUAGACAUUUUGACAUUGUUUAGGUUUUUCUUUGUCUUUAUUACAACCCGAAUACAUUUGCAUACAUGCACUUGUUUGUCUGAUACAGUAAUUUAAGAGAUAUAACAUUUUCACUUUAUUUUUAUUUUUUUGGUUUGGUGAUUUUAUUCAACAUACAAUGUUUGUGAUAUUAGUGACUAAAACCUUCAUUUGAAAGAUAUUAAUAUUAUACAUGAAUGUCAAAGAUUGAAACAGCCUGAAAAAGUCGAUGCAUGUUAUCACGCCUUAAAAUUUCACGUAAACUUAAAUGUGUUUUUAUUCCAUUGCUGUUUGUUUUUUUGAACAAUAAUGAGGCCUAUAGAUCCCUGACUUGCUUAUCAAUCAUAAAAGGAUAUUAAAUAGAUUGAGACUUUGUGGGUUGUUUUACAGUCUUUUCAACACUGAAUGGAUGUGUUAGGUGUUACUGAUCUUGUUCAUUUGUGCUUGUAGUGUGUGGGAAAGCAAGUGAGCUAAUUCAGGCAUAUGUGAUGUCAAUAUUAGCAUUAUGGGUCAUAUUUUUUUCAGCUCAUUUAAAGAACGUGAGCAACACAUCUGAAAAGGUUUAACAUUUAUUUUAAUUUAUUAAUUGUUGCCCUCACUGUUUAUGCAAGACUUAGUACGUUGUAAUGAUGUCCAGCUCUCAAGGAGUAUUUUUUCUUUCUUUCAAUUAUUCAUGUUUUGCCUUGUCACCAUGAUAUUUGCUUUUUGUUGUUAUUUAUUGUGCGCUAAUCCUCAAUAUUUACAAAAUCUUUGCAAAUGGUGUACUGUAUUUGCAUGGAUAAUUUACUUGUUUUCUUUGCCAAGAAGGAGGGAUUCGUAUUUUUAUUUAUUAAAUACUUUAAUAAACAAGACAGAGGCACACACAGGAUGCAAGUUUUAUUGUUAAUAUGUAACAAAUGGGGUACUUGAGACGUUUUUUUCUCUGUGGGUACAUGCUACCCAAUUCUGAUGUAUAACUUUAAGAUUACAUUAAAGUUUUUAUUUGAUGCCUAGUGGCUAUUAAAGCAUAUCACGGUUAAAUUCUGAGAUUGCAAUUCUAGAAACUCAUGUUUUCCUAUGUGGUAUUAAUAUUUUAUGCAUACAAUUCACUUAAAAAUAACUUUUAUUUAGACAUACUUUAUAAAUUUGUCCUUGAUUUAUAUAUUUUCACUGCCAUAUAUUGAAGUUAAUGUAACCUGCCACAUCAGCUGACGUGUUCUUAUGGCUUUACUUUUUAUUUGGGCUUUUGUUUGUUUGUUUUGAAUAUUACUAACAAUGGGUUAGCAUGUCAUAACUGCCUCUCUUAAAUAAUAAUAAAUUGUUAGCUUCCUUUUUUUCUUUUUUUUUUUUUUAAACAAGAUUAGUAAAUUACUUCAAAUUACAUUAAUAUCAGUGCUGGGCUCAGAAGUGGGAAUGUUCUAUCUUUUUAGCAUUUUUCAAAAACUGUAUUUGAUUUAAUUGAAUGCUAUUGAAUGUACUUUGAAUGAAUGUUUGUCAUCUGCUGUAUUGUGUAGUUCACCUGGGAAUUACAGAGACAAAGGAUUGAUCCAUAAUUACAUAAAGUGGCCGAUACUUCAAUAAUACAAUAAAGAACCAUAUGUGUUA